AUGGCGGAUCCCGGCCGGCCCGGGCCGCUCCCAGCGCCGCUUCCCGCCCGCUCCCACAGCCACUCGCACCCGGAACUGAUUCCGCUGGCGGCCGUUCCGCUUCCUGGCGACGCCCCGGCAGCGGGCGGUGCCCCCGGGCCGCUCGGGAGCCCGGGCGCUCCCCCGCCGGCGUCGGGCGCAGCCGCCCCGGCAGCGCGACUCCUCACGAAGGCAGCAGGGUUUGAGCGCUGGCUGCAGCCGGUGCGUACGCGGGCACAGCUCUCCCGAGAGCUCUCGCGGUGUGCAGCUCCAGAAGAGAACCCAGAGCCGUACCCCGACGGGCAGUCGCAGAUACAGCGAGGGGGGUUUUGCGGGAGGACAUCCCGCACUCCAGCUGUUAACAGCCACCUUUACUGAGUAAGGAAUUCAAAAGUUCACCUGUGUUAUACUGGCCUUGGCACUCACAAAAAUCACUUCAGCAAGCAUGUGCUAGCUUUUUUUUUGCGUUAUCCUGCAUAUGCUUGUAGGUCAGGCAGUGCAAGGAUUCCUUUAUGAACCGGACAGUUCAUGUACCGGCUAUCACGUACUACUUGAAAACAGCCCGAGUGACUGGUGCCAGUAGGUCCUGCUGGGAUAUCCACCCGCUCUAACCAGACACCGUUCUGUCUUCUGGAGCAGGGAGCCAGCAUGUGACCACAAAAACAUUUCCAGAUGACAGCAGACUUUUCUGUAUUCUCAGUUGUCAUGCAGACAAAAUGUAAGUAAAAUAUUUUCAAUUAGCAAAGCCAUACAAGUCAAGCAAAGCGGUUUUCCAAAGGGGUAUCACUCCCUCCUUCUACAACCUACUUUGUUUUGCACUUUUACUCCAAACUCAUGAAGAAUAAAGUCUUUCUACUUCAAUUACUAAUAAUUAAAAAAGCCAAUCUCCAUGCUGGAGCGUUGAGUAGAACAUGCAAGCGCCAUUUAAGCUGCUUUACAACACCACUAGCUCCAGUAAGCGCUGGCAGGGAGCUCUCCCCCUGGCCCGCGGC